GAAGCCAGGAGCCUGGGGCACCGCCCCCACUGUCUGCCCUCCCUCGCCACUCCUCCUGGCUGGGCAAAUCCCAGAGUCUCAGCUGCCUAAGUGUCUUCCCCAGAGGUGAGAUUAUCUCAGCCUGUGUUGGACACCGCCUUUUCUCCUCCAACUUUUCCUCCUCCAACCAUGGAUGCCGCUCUGCUCCUGAACGUGGAGGGGGUCAAGAAGACCAUUCUGCAUGGGGGCGUGGGCGAGCUCCCAAACUUCAUCACCGGAUCCCGAGUGAUCUUUCAUUUCCGCACCAUGAAAUGUGAUGAGGAGCGGACGGUGAUUGAUGACAGCAGGGAGGUGGGCCAGCCCAUGCACAUCAUCAUCGGCAACAUGUUCAAGCUGGAGGUCUGGGAGAUCCUGCUCACCUCCAUGCGAGUGCGCGAGGUGGCCGAGUUCUGGUGCGACACCAUCCACACAGGGGUCUACCCCAUCCUUUCCCGGAGCCUGCGGCAGAUGGCCCAGGGCAAGGACCCGACAGAGUGGCAUGUGCACACGUGCGGGCUGGCCAACAUGUUCGCCUACCACACGCUGGGCUACGAGGACCUGGAUGAGCUGCAGAAGGAGCCUCAGCCUCUGAUCUUUGUGAUCGAGCUGCUGCAGGUUGAUGCCCCGAGUGAUUACCAGAGGGAGACCUGGAACCUGAGCAAUCACGAGAAGAUGAAGGUGGUGCCUGUCCUCCAUGGAGAAGGAAAUCGGCUCUUCAAGCUGGGCCGUUACGAGGAGGCCUCUUCCAAGUACCAGGAGGCCAUCAUCUGCCUAAGGAACCUGCAGACCAAGGAGAAACCCUGGGAGGUGCAGUGGCUGAAGCUGGAGAAGAUGAUCAAUACCCUGAUCCUCAACUACUGCCAGUGCCUGCUGAAGAAGGAGGAGUACUACGAGGUGCUGGAGCACACCAGCGACAUUCUCCAGCACCACCCAGGCAUUGUGAAGGCCUACUAUGUGCGCGCCCGGGCUCACGCGGAGGUGUGGAACGAGGCGGAGGCCAAGGCGGACCUCCAGAAAGUGCUGGAACUGGAGCCGUCCAUGCAGAAGGCGGUGCGCAGGGAGCUGAGGCUGCUGGAGAACCGCAUGGCGGAGAAGCAGGAGGAGGAGCGGCUGCGCUGCCGCAGCAUGCUGAGCCAGGGGGCCACUCAGCCUCCCGAAGAGCCACCCACAAAGCCACCUGCAGAGCUGCCCGCAGAGCCACCUGCAGAGCCAUCCCUGUCCCCAGGGCACCCACUGCAGCAUUGACCCCCUGAGGCCCACAGCCAGCCUGGCACCCAGGCAGGGAGCAAGUAGCCCAGUCACUUCUGGUUCAAUUGACCAGGAUUGUGGUGUUGCUUUUUGAAAUUCAAAAUUAAUCUUUGAAAUCAAAGUCAGACAUGCGAUGUUAAAAAAAAAAAAAUUCCAAAGGGCACAGAAGAACUUAUGAUUGAAUAAAAGUGGUUUUCUCCCCUACCUGUCCCAUUCCUUCUAUGCCGUGGUUUUAAUUGACCCUGUUUUUUGUUCUUCUGGUAGUUUUCUCUAUUUCCAAGUAAUCUGUUUAAAUCAGUUUCUCUACCUGUUGGUUUUACCCCGUGUCAAUGACAAAUGAGGAUCUGAUGCUCUGAUCCUUUCUCAUCCCUGCUACCCCUCUCUGUCUCCCCAUGUUGGAUAGUUACAUUUGUGGGUCAUUUCUUGGUUAUUUUUGCAACUUUAUGCAGGACACCUAGAACUCUCUAGAAUCCCACUGACUUUAAUGGGUCUUGAUGUAGGGUGAGCAAGCCCCAAAACUGGAGCUUAGCCAGAGUGGGUUCUUGGCUUCUCCCAGGAGAGAUUUCAAGGGCAAGCCAGUGGUAGGGCAGAAGAAAACAGCUGUGGCUGGGAGCGGUGGCUCACGCCUGUAAUCCCAGCACUUUGGGAGGCCAAGGCGGGUGGGUCAUGAGGUCAAGAGAUCGAGACCUGCCUGGCCAACAUGGUGAAACCUUGACUCCACUAAAAAUACAAAAAUUAACUGGGUGUGGUGGCACGUGCCUGUAAUCCCAGCUACUAGGAAGGCUGAGGCAGGAGAAUGGCUUGAACCUGGGAGGUGGAGGUUGCAGUGAGCCGAGAUCGUGACAGUGCACUCCAGCCUGGGUGACAGAGCGAGACUCCAUCUCAAGAAAAAAAAAAAAAAAAAUUCUAGGAAAGAAGUAGUAACUUCUGGGUCCUGGGGUCAUUGCCACAAAAAAAGGCAGAAAUGCCAGGGUGUCGCCAUGGCAAUGGGAAACUGACAUGGCACCUGGUUGGCAUAUCUUAUGGAAAGCUGCUUCACUUGCCCCUGUUUUAGAUCUUCAAUUUAGUCUGGUGUCCAGACCCCACUGCCUCCCUCAGUCUGGUGACCUUCUGUGUCUGCUGAGCACGGCAGUGCUGGGAUCUUCCUUUCCUACUCCCUGCCUCCUCUUGAUCCUCCUUAAAGAAGGAAGAGUAGGAGGAGGUGCUGUCACACCACUGACAUCCUCUAGCACCACCCAGGUGCAUGGGGUGGGGCAGGUGGUGAUGGAGUAUCUGGCCCAGCACCACGUAGUCAACUGCCAAGGCCUUCCUGGGCUUCUCUUCUGCCCCAGAGCUUGUCUCCACCCAGCAGGGGUUCCCCAGCACUAACUGUAUCCCCAAAGUUCUGAUGUACUUUACUUUUCCAUCACCCCUGUUGUUAACAUCUAUCUUCUGCUCUGUGAGCAAAACUAAGUCUUCUGUGCUUUGUCCACAGGUUGACUCUAAAAUCGGAAAAUCAGUAAACAGCAUUUGCAUGA